AGGAGGCGUUGUCCCGAGGUGCUCACACCAGCGUCACGGCCAUACGGGUCUAUGUUCACAGCAUUAGGGACACGGCUCCGUAGCGUACUAGCUAGCCACAUCUGUCACUUGAUUCCGAAGUCUAGCCGUGUAUUCUAUACCUGUAUUGUUGUCAUUAUUUUACCAGUCGAACGUUUUAUUUCUCACUUUUAAGAUACAGCGAAAAAACAAUGAUCAAGAACGGUCAUCACGCCACCACCGAAGCCGGGAAAGGAGCCGGCUCCACAGCCUGCAGUCCGGAGAAGAGGAAGCGUAUAGUACGGGUGUGGUGUGACGGAUGCUAUGACAUGGUACACUAUGGGCACUCUAACCAGCUGCGCCAGGCCAAGGCUAUGGGAGAUUACCUCAUCGUAGGAGUGCACACUGAUGCUGAGAUCUCGAAGCACAAGGGCCCGCCUGUGUUCACGCAGGCAGAGCGGUAUAAGAUGGUCCGGGCCAUAAAGUGGGUGGAUGAGAUUGUGGAGGGGGCCCCUUAUGUCACCACCCUGGAGACCCUGGACAAGUACAACUGUGACUUCUGUGUGCAUGGAGAUGACAUCACACUGACUGUGGAUGGAAAGGACACGUACGAGGAGGUGAAGACGUCCGGCAGAUACAGGGAGUGUAAGCGCACACAGGGCGUGUCUACCACUGACCUGGUCGGCCGCAUGUUACUGAUGACUAAAGCACACCACAGCAACAUCGAUAAUUCUGAGUACCAGCAGCAUACAGACAACUUUGGAAAGGGACCAAAAGGCCACAGUCCCUGGACGGGCGUGUCCCAGUUCCUGCAGACAUCUCAGAAGAUCAUCCAGUUUGCGUCUGGGAAGGAGCCCCAGCCUGGAGACACCAUCAUCUACGUGGCCGGAGCUUUCGACCUGUUCCACAUCGGCCAUGUGGAUUUCUUGGAGACGGUGUACAAGCAGUCUGACAAGCCCUACGUCAUCGUGGGGCUGCACUUUGACCAGGAGGUGAAUCGCUACAAAGGGAAGAACUAUCCCAUCAUGAAUGUCCACGAGAGAACUCUGAGUGUGCUCGCCUGCAGGUACGUGUCGGAGGUUGUGAUUGGAGCACCCUAUGCUGUGGGGCGGGACUUGCUGGACCACUUCAAGGUAGACCUGGUGUGCCACGGGAAGACUGAGGUGUUUCCAGACCAGGACGGCUCGGACCCUUACGCUGAGCCCAAGAGGCGGGGCAUAUUCCGCACUGUGGACAGUGGGAACGGCCUGACCACCGAUGACAUCGUCCAGAGAAUAAUCAAGAACAGGCUGCAGUUUGAAGCCCGGAACCAGAAGAAGGAGGCCAAGGAGAUGGCGGUGAUCCAGGCCAUGAAGCGCCGUGAGGGAGAGAAGGGUCAGGAGCGUUCCCAGGCGGCGGUGUAGCAGAGCCCCACCCUGCCCCCGCCCCCGCCCCUGCCCCCUACUCCCAUACCCCCUCCCCCUACUGCAGCAGCCCUGGCAACACCUUCUACUUUUACAGAAAAAAAGUGUAAAAUAACUACUUCCAGUUGUGUGCGUGCGUGCAGGUUCUGGAAAAUAUGCAGUUUUAGUUUUUGUGUUUUUAAUCCGUCAAUGAUGAUGUCUGUGUGCUUGUUUUUAACGUGUCUGAACGUCUGAGGUUUUCCCUGGAGUGUGAGAGUGUGAGAGUGUGAGAGUGUGAGAGUGUGAGAGUGUGAGAGUGUGAGAGUGUGAGAGUGUGUCUUUGGGAGGGACAACAGAAAAGCUACAAGUGUGAUUGACCAGUACUGUGUGUGUGUGUGUGUGUGUGUGUGUGUACGUACCCCAUAUCUCUUUGCAUUUGGUGACGUAGUGUGACACACUAAUGAUCCUCAGUGUGUCUUGGGUGUUCUGUCUCCUCAUAAACUACUUACUCUUAUUCUCCUGGAGCUACGCAAUGGAAUGUGUCUGUCUACUGCACACUGUGUAUGACUUGAGCAUCUUUCAUUGUGAGCGAUGAUCUUGAUGAUGAGCGGGAGCAGCAGUGAUUGGUGGAUGGCUCAUUUUCAUUUCGCCAUUUCACUGACAAGUUAGCACCAUUAUUCGGACUAAAAGCAGUGUAAAUUAUAAUAGUUGCAACAUUAAUUUAUUUGAAAUCGUUGUUACGUUGUGUGUGUCAGGGCAGGUGAAAUACUUGUGCUUUAGAGUGUCAUUUUACUGGCUAUUGUUUUUAAUGUGAAGACAUUAUAGUGCAAAUACAGGGACAGUUCUGUGUUUUUCACCUUUUUUUUAAUGAAAAGCUGGAUAAACCGUCAUCAUCAUUAGACGCUAAUCAUUCAUAGAGAUACUUACAUUAUAAAAACUCCCAAAACUG